UUCUUUCCUUGAAAAGGGGGGGGGGGAUCCAUUUAAGCACUUUAAUUCCUUGUAUUCAUUCAGUGAAGGAUUCUAGACAAUCUGCAAUUAUGUAUGUUUUCUAAAAAAAAAAAAAAAAAAAAAAACUUUCAAGAAUCAGGAAUGUUCAUCAGUUUAAAGUACUAAUAUUUUUGAAACUUCAUUUGGAGAGGGAAAGGGCCCUCUUAUAGGAAAUAGUAAACAUAAUAGCUAUGAAAACUGGGAUCUGCCAGCCAGCCCCAUGCCACCUUUAAGUAGCUAAGGGAAAACGAAUCAUUUCUAGGGUGCUUGUUGAAAUAGUGAACACUCUUUGCUAAGGAGGGAGAAAAUGUUUAGUACAUGAAGAAAAAAAUUAGCCCAAAUUUCCCAGCCUCAUAGAAUCUUGAAGAAAAUGAGAAAGCCUUAGAAAAAGUUGAGCAACUAUCAAUUAAAUAGUGAUUACCUUUCCCCUGCCUUUCUAUAUUCCUAUAGGUUUAUGUAGAAUGCAUUUCCAACAUGAAGAAAACGUCUGUAGACACCAACCUUCGUGGACAGAAGUAUAGAGAAUAGAGGGAGGUUUGAACAUAUACGCAAUGAAGUAACAUUUUGAUAGUUAUAUAAUGAAUUUGGGGAAACAGUUGGUAAUUCCCUCAGAUUCAAGGCUAUUCAGGGUCACCUUUGAAAAAAAAGGAAAUGCUGAUGGGGGAGGCGGGGAGGUAAAAGGCCAAUAUUUCUGAAAUAUUCCCUAAAUCGUCUUAGCAGUAGUAACAACAGUUUUCCCCUUCCUCAACACAUGCUAAUAUUCGUUUUUCCUUCAAUAAUAUAGGGGACAGAGAAUUCACCAGCUACCCCAAUUUGCACGUUGAGGAUGAAGGGAAAGGACUGGCCCGAAUGAGGAGGCUGGCACUUGUGUCCACUAUCAAUUGUUUGCCAUACUCUCUUCCAGGGCAGCUCUUUCUCUUCCACUCACCAGGAGAACAUCUGCGUUUUGCCAGUUUAGACCAGCACCUCUUCCUCCUGCAAAGCCUUGUGUAAACUUCAUUCUCUUCGUAUUUGGAAGAAGCCACCGCAGCUAAACCUCGCAGCGCGACCCAAGUAGGGAAAGGAAACUCCGAAGUUUCACCUUUGGGGUAGUUGUGUAUGAGUAGAGAGAGCAACAUGUCGUUGCUGUGUGUAAAUGUCUGUGUUGGGGUAGGAGGGGAGAAGCUGUUGGAGCUGCUCCAUCCGUCCGUUUUAUUAGGGACACAUUAAUCUAUAAUCAAAUACACCUCAUAAAAUUUUUAUUGAAAGGCAUAAUAUCAUUACAGAGGUCUUCCACCUGUUUUAAACAACACGACAAGCAUUUUUUGUUGUGCUGUUGGGUAGGGGGAGGGAGGCGUUGAAGGGGAAAUGAGGGAAAGGGAAAAGAAAAUUCCUUCGUCUUGGAAGUUAAUUUCCACAAAAACAAAAGCAUAUGCAUUGAAAUGGGGAGGUAUCCAAUCCUCCCUCGGUCGCUCUGGGCUGACGAUCGAAUGCCCCCAGCCCUCGUGCUGCCAAGUGCCCUGCCCUCUCGUCCUCUACCCCAUGGCCGCCAGUUUGAGAUGAGGAGACAGAAGGGAGGUAGAGGCCGCAAUCCAGAGAGUCUCCAGAGAGGGUAGAAGUGGGGGGCACCGAACGAUUAGCAGAAAGCACAGAGAAGAAGUGAAGAAAUAGUCCCCACUGUCUCCUGCCGGGACUCCUCGGCACGACCACGCCUGCUUAGGCUUCAUUCACACCGGAUGGAAGCCAGGGAGCCAGGGCUCGCCCCGCCGGCGCCCUCCCCAUAGCUCCAGUUUUUUUUUUUUUUUUUUUUUUAAUUGUGGUGUUGAUGAUGAUGAUUUUUUUUUAAUCACGGCAGCCCCCAGUUUAGCGGAUUGAUUUACUCCCCGUAUUGGUAAAUAUGAUCACGUGGGCCCCGCGACCAAUGGUGGCGGGUUGCAGCCUGCAAAAUACUCGGAUUGCGCUCAGGGAGGGGAGCCGCUACAGUUAACAGUGUAACCUUUUAUAUGAGGGAGAGGGGAGCCUAAAAAUGUCGUCCAGUGGCACCUUAAGUAACUACUAUGUGGACUCUCUCAUAGGCCACGAGAGCGAUGAAGUGUACGCCGGGCGCUUCGGACAGGCGGGGCACAGCACUGCCGCCAGGCCGUCAGGUGUGGCCGAUGGGGCCGAAUUUUCCUCCUGUAGCUUUGCCCCCAAAUCCACCGUGUUCUCCGCCUCGUGGCCCACCGUGCCCCCACAGUCCUCUGCAGCUAUGACAGGGAUCUACCAUCCCUACGUGCAUCAGCCCCAUUUAGCAGCCUCUGAGCCCAGUCGGUACGUGCGCUCCUGGAUCGAGCCCUUCCCGAGUUUCCCCAGCAGCAGCACUGGGAGCAGCGGCACCGGGAGCAGCGGCAGCGGCGGCGGCACGUCCUCCACCGGACGCCACUACGGAAUUAAGCCUGAAACAGGAGUAGCUCCUGCCACCUCCUCCACCUCCUCCUCCUCCUCCUCCUCCUCUUCUUCUUCCUCCUCCUCCUGUCCCUCCUCCUCCUCCACCUCCUCCACCUCUUCUACCAAAAGGACUGAGUGCUCCUCGUCCCGGGAAUCCCAGGGGAUCAGUGUCCCCGAGUACACGUGCAAUUCCUUCCUGCAGGAGCCCCGGGAGAAGGCGGCAGCGGCAGCGGCAGCGGCAGCAGUGGCAGUUGCUGGAGUGGCCAACAGCAAGGAGCCCUCGGCUUGCAACGACCACCCCAGCCCGAGCAGCCAGCUGAAGGAGGAGAAGCAACAGCAGCAGCAACAACAGCAGCAGCAACUUGACCCAAAUAACCCUGCAGCAAACUGGAUCCACGCACGUUCCACCAGGAAAAAGCGCUGUCCCUACACAAAAUACCAGACCCUGGAGCUGGAAAAGGAAUUUCUCUUUAACAUGUAUCUUACCCGAGACCGCCGCUACGAAGUAGCUAGGAUUCUAAACCUCACAGAGAGACAGGUCAAAAUCUGGUUUCAAAACCGAAGAAUGAAAAUGAAAAAGAUGAACAAGGAAAAGGGCAGUAAAGGAGACUAAUGCCCCUUGGAAAUGAAUUGGUCUUGAAAAUGCUUAUUACCCCCUUCCUUUUCCAGAAAUUCUUCACAGACCAGGUCUUUUUAGGUAGAAGUGAAAUGUCUCUGUAAGCUAUUUUUUGGGGGGAACAUGAUUAUUUUCUCUCUGGUGUGUAAAGAGUUGCUUUGAUCCUCCUUUUCCCCCUCCCUUCUUCCGAACAGGUCUUGGUUUCUCGGGGAAAUUGUCUUUUGUGAGUGCACGCUAGCUUUGAGGAACUCUCUAAUGUGUAAAUGUCUGACAUGUUUCUGAAGUGAUGUAGUCUAGAUUCCCCUUUCGCCAGAGUAAAGGCGAGGAUAUAUUAUAAUCAUGUUUAUAAUAAAAUUAUAGUAAAGGCGCAGUUUUUUCCAUCGAUGGCAGUACAAUAUUGUUCACAGUUAUUCAAAGAAAUCAUUCCCCCUGCCUCAGCUUUGCCUUUGGGAUUUCUGCAUUUACUUAGUUUGCAUUAGGUGCCAGCGCCAGGGCAGGAGAGCCUAAAAUUGGUGUGUGUAUGUAUGUGUAUGUUUGUUUUCUUCUGCACUUUUAAGGGGUCAUCUCAUACUUGAAAGGGUUUGUCUUGGGCCUGACAGAAUUCUGGACUGGGCCCAAAAGAGCUUUGGUCACUUGUAUUUGCCUUCUUAUUUUUCUAACUGAAGACUAGUUGUAAAUGUUGUCAGUUAUCACCAAUAAAGCUUGAAUUGACCAAAAGAAAACCAUCCACAAGCUAUGAAAACUGUGAGCGCUUUCUUUAUUUCUCCAUUUUGAUUUUUCUUUUAUUUAAAAAAGACCACCCUCCCAGUCUUGGUUCCUCAUGGCUGUCCUUGGUACACUAUUUGUGCAUUCCCUCCGUAGAGGGAAUUUGUAAAAAGUACUCCGAAUACAGAACAUUUUCCAAAACUAAA